UCCGGCAGUUACAGCACAGUUUACCGUGAGCUCUUCGAAGCAUCAAACCAGUGUCUUCUCAAAAAAAACAAAAAAACGAACCAUUUGUGAAAAUGAAGGCUUUCGUCGCUCUGAUUUUCGCCUCAUUGUGUAUUGUGGCCCACGGAUCGUACGCCCCGUCGGUGUGGCCUGCCAGUUCCCUCGGUUGGAACUCGUGGAACGGCUGGAACAAUGGCUGGAAUGGCUGGAACAGCUGGGAUGAUCACAGUUCGAUCGCAUGGCCAGCAUAUGGAGGAAACUCGUGGUCAUCGGCAGCAUGGCCAGCGGCUUCCCUCUACAACCAGGGCUGGAAUGGAUGGUACGCACCGAAGACCACCGUCGUUCAGGCCAACAUUGCCAAAGUGAACCCAUGGGGAUUGCCUUGGGGAUCGUACGGACUUGGCUACAACAACUAUCUGGGAGCAGUUCCGGCUGCCAAGUACAUUGCCGCCAACCCGGGAUCGGUUCACGUGGCUCCACUCGUUAGCCACGCCAUCAAUCAGAAGCUGAUCGUUGCCUAAGCAUAAGUUCAGAUACUUUCUUUUUUUUCAUUUGCUACGAUUGUGAUAUUGGAUUGGAAAUAAAACCGUUUUUAACAUAA